UACGUCACUUCCUUUUUCCUGUCCUUGGAUCCUCGUCUGUCUGGAUAAACUCAUGGCUAAACUGAGUAAGGAGUCAAAACAGCGGCUGCAGCAGCUGUUCCAGUGCGGCCAGUUUGUCAUUCGAUGGGGUUUUAUUCCAACUGUGCUGUACCUCGGUUUCAAACGAGGAGCAGAUCCAGGCAUGCCUGAACCAACUCUUUUGAGUUUGCUAUGGGGUUGAGGACCAACUUCACGCAGCCAAYCCCUUCCUUCCAUCAAGACCAUGUGACAUGUCUUAGAAAAGCAGGAAACAGACACCGUUUCUGAUGUCUCGCUCCAUAAAUCACACAACCCAGUGUUGGAUAUGUAUAAACAGAUGUUAAAAAGUAUAAAAAAAACACUUGUACUGAGAGUCGGGGUGUUCAGGGCUUUCUUGUCCCAGAAAAUUUGUUGUUUUGUUCAUGAAUUUUUGAUGUUCAGUUUGGAUCCACUGUCCAAUUCAUGUUAUUUUUUUUCUAAUUUAAAAUUCUUGAUGAUAAAUUCUAAAAAUGAGUGA